CUGCCGCUGCUGCUGCUGUCCCUGCUGCCGCGGCUGCUGCUGUCCCGGAACAUGCGAGGUGACUGUGGCCCACCUCCAGAAAUACCUAAUGCCACGCCAGAGUUGGAUGGAAAAACCAGUUUUCCCCAGCAAAGUUUUGUGGUAUAUUCAUGUAAUAAAGACUAUCAAAAAAUUCCAGGCAAGCAAGACACACUGAUCUGUCUUGAAAAUGGUCAAUGGUCGAGCCCGGACACAUUCUGUAACAAAAGCUGUAAUGCUCCAACAAGAGUGAUUUUUGCAUCCCUCAAAAAGAAAUAUAUCUAUUUUAGUUAUUUUCCGAUUGGUAGCACUGUGGAAUAUGAGUGUCGGCCAGGAUAUCGAAGAGUACCUUCACUGUCAGACACAUCAACUUGCCUUGAUAAUUUAGAAUGGUCCACAGUUGCUGAAUUUUGUGAAAGAGAAUCAUGUCCUCAUCCUGGAGAAUUGCAAAAUGGUAAUAUUGACAUAACAACGGACAUAUUAUUUGGUUCAGAAAUAUUCUUCUCAUGCAACACAGGGUACAAGCUAAUUGGUGUAGACUCUGCCUUCUGUUACUUUACGGGAAGUACUCUCGACUGGACUGACCCACUCCCAGAAUGCGCAGAAAUUCAUUGUCCAGAUCCACCACCAAUUAAGAAUGGAGAAAUGCGAGGAGGAAGUAAAACUUACGUCUAUAGACACACUGUCACCUAUACAUGUGCCAUAGGCUUCGUCCUGGUUGGAAACAGUUCCAUUCAUUGUACCUUGAAUGGUGAUCAAGGAGAAUGGAGUGGCCCAGCACCCCAGUGCACAGAAAUUCUUUGUCCAGAUCCACCACCAAUUAAGAAUGGAGAAAUGCAAGGAGAAAGUAAAACUUACGUCUAUAGACACACUGUCACCUAUACAUGUGCCACAGGCUUCGUCCUGGUUGGAAACAGUUCCAUUUAUUGUACCUUGAAUGGUGAUCAAGGAGAAUGGAGUGGUCCAGCACCCCAGUGCACAGGACAGUACUAUGUGUUAGUUGCUCUGAGUAUGCUUGGACUGGUUCAUUGGGUGGUUCUUGCUUAG